UCUAAAGAAAACAAGCGAGAAAGCCAUAAACCAGAGAGCAAGUUUUGUGGGUUUGCUCUGCUAAGUUCCUCUUCUCUCAAGACGCCUUCGCUUUUAUCUGACCUAUUCGCCAUGACGAAGCAGCAAGCCAACUGGUCCCCUUACGACAACAAUGGCGGAUCCUGUGUUGCGAUUGCCGGUGCCGAUUACUGUGUAAUCGCCGCUGAUACUCGGUUAUCUACGGGUUACAACAUCCUCACUCGCGAUUACUCCAAAAUUUGUAAGCUGGCUGACAAAGCUGUGAUGGCCUCUUCUGGCUUUCAAGCUGAUGUAAAAGCCUUACAAAAGGUUCUGGCGGCUAGACAUUUGACCUACCAACAUCAACACAACAAGCAAAUGAGCUGCCCUGCGAUGGCUCAACUGCUCUCGAAUACAUUGUACUUCAAACGGUUCUUUCCUUAUUAUGCUUUUAAUGUGUUGGGCGGACUUGAUAAUGAAGGAAAGGGUUGUGUGUUCACCUAUGAUGCUGUUGGUUCUUAUGAGAGAGUUGGAUACAGUGCUCAGGGUUCUGGUUCGACCCUCAUCACGCCCUUUUUAGAUAACCAACUGAAAUCUCCCAGCCCUCUAUUAUUGCCUGCACAGGAUUCUGCAACCCCUCUUUCAGAAGCUGAAGCAAUUGACCUGGUGAAAACUGUUUUUGCAUCUGCUACUGAGAGGGAUAUCUACACCGGUGACAAGCUCGAAAUCGUCAUUCUUAAUGCUGAUGGCAUUCGUCGCGAAUACCUGGACCUCCGAAAAGAUUAGUAUGGUGCUUGGCUCGAUUGAAUGUUGCUGCAACAACCGUAUGAACUGCCCAUCGGCAGUACCCGUACCCGUCCCAGUGAUUAUUGUAUUGUGAUAUUUACAGAUGGUUAAGUUUUAGCUUUUCAUUGUAAUAUGACCUCUGUUGAACAUGGGAUUGCAAAAUCUGCAGGGCUGUUGGCUGAUGUUGAUCGAUCUCCCCUUUUCUAGAAGAGAACUUGAAUUUAAAUUUAAAAUGCAUAGAAAGUCAACUAUUAAU